ACGUGCGCCCACGUGGGGGCACGCUGCUGAUGUGGUGCGAGGUGACUGGUUUCGUCCUCGAGCUGCCUUAUCGCCUUGUGAGGGGGAUCAUUCCCUAUGUCGAGUAGCGCCUUGGAUGGAUUCUUCAGCAUCUCCAGUUGUCCUCUACUGACACGGGUCGCUACACGCCAAGCCCUCGCAGAUCCUCUUCUGCCGACCCUUUCCAACCCCAGAAACUACACCGGUCGGCUGCAGACCUGCCGUUUCGCCUGCCAGUGGGUCAUCAUUGCGCCGCCUGACGCAGCGCAACCUGGAGAGGCCACGUCACUUCCUUCAGCCCUCUUCUUCCUAUAUAAGGGCCUCCACCCCUCUUCUUUGUUCACUUUCCGCGAUCACGUCUCAGAGCUUUCACCGGUCAAGUUCCUUAUCUUUCGCUAUCCAGCCCUCCGAGUCAAGCAGUCCUCAGAGGACUGCUCCUCUGAGGAUUCCAACUCAUCUUCCUCGACCGGGUCUUCUUCUCCUGAAUCCACGCCCGGUCAGGUUCCCAACUCCUCCAUUCCCGACCCGCAUCCUGUAAAUCAGGUGCCCGGUGAAACUUUCGUGGGGAGGGAUGACCCGGUCGAUGACGAACCGGGCCCCUACGACCCUGAACACGAAACCCGGGAUGCGUGGGAGGAGCGGCUUCAUGCUGCCGAUAUGGAGUUUGAAGAGUUCGCCAUCCCCGACGACCAACCAGCCGGGGAGACCGGGGGCUCCCAAGCCAAUACUGCCAAGACCUUCCCGGUCAGUCCAGAGACCGUGGAAAUCCUCGAUGAAGAUGAGCCCCAAGACAACCGGUCUAAGGGGAAGGAGAAGGAAAAGGCCGGUCGCCGGGUGAAGAAGGUGGCCACCACGCACCCUUCCUAUGCCAAGAAGAGGGCAAGGUCAGAUCCUGAGCCGGCCGGCCAGACCAUCGAGGAGGCCUUCGUCAAUCUGGGGCUGAGGCUGAAGAAGGCGGGGGAGAUUGGACCCCUCACAGCUGACCGGCUUGGUUUAGGCUCUCCCUCGGAGUUUGCCCGGCUGAAGAAGGAGAAGGAGGAGAUGGCCCUCAUCUUGAAGAGCCAGGCCGAUGAGCUGAUCAGGCUGUCGGGGUUAGCCGGGUCCAUGAAGACCGAGAUCUCCCAGCUGAAGGAGGAGAAUGGCCGGCUCAUGGAUGAAGUCUCUGAGGCCAAGAGGGAGAUGACGGAGAAGGAAGAAAACUUCCCCGGGUGCGCAGCCGCCUGGGUUGAGGAAAAUAAGGCCGAAGCUGCCCGGGUUCUACGGCGAGCCCAGAAGCUACCAUGGAAUCCUUCAGGCUUCUAUACCGGGAGCCUGAAGGAAAGAAGAUGAUCACCGCCGUUGGAUCUUUCGGAUUCAA